AUUUCAUAUUUAUGUAAGGUAGCAUAAAAAUAAGUGGUCAGCUGAGUAUCUAAGCACAUUAAUGGCUUGUUGUGUCUCAAACACAGUAUUCUACAGAUGGAAAGGAAGCCCAAAAAACUUAUUUGGAUGGAACAUUGGCAAAACAAAUGUUGAUGAGAAGCCACAGCCUAAGUACCAUGACAUUGAUCUUCCUUUUCCACCUUCUCUUGUCUCCACAACAUUUCUAAGUGGAAGGGAACUGAAAUGCUGUUACAGAGCAAGCAUUGAUGGAUUCAGUGCAACAGACUUCCAUAAGUUCUGUGACUUUAAGGGUCCAUGUGUUAUAAUAGGGUACACAAACAACCCCUUCAAGUUUGGGGCAUUUAACCCAGAAGGUUACAGAAGUACAGAUGACUAUUAUGACUCUUUUGAUGCAUUCCUCUUCUACUGGCAAGAGGAAGAAAAAUCUGAUCCAAUAAUACUUCCUAAAGUAGGAGGCAGUGGAGCAGCACUUUUCGAUUAUGCUCGCGGGGGCCCACAAUUUGGCGCGGAUGGACUACUCAUUGGUCCACCGCUAGCGCCUGUCAUGGGUGUGUUUACAGGUCCUGAUGCAAAUUCAGGUGUGGGUGAUUUAAGGCAAGCAAAGUCUAGGUUGGGAUUAUCUUAUUCUAAGAGACCUGAUGGAAAAGAGUCUAUUUUUGGAGAUGAAUCCAAUGCAGUUUUGGAAGAAAUCCAAGUCUUUUGCAGUCCAGAUAUUGCAAGAUUAUAUUAAUUGUCAUUAUAAACUUUCUUCCAUAUAAAGUAAUCUAGUUUAUAAAUGGAUGAAGACAGUAUAGAGCUUUUUAUUUCUUUGUGUUAACAAUUCUAGUAGCUUUCUA